GUGAGAUAAUGCUUCUAAUCAUAUUCCAAGAUGGCGCCGACACCGGGUGAAAACGGAGUCGCCAAAGAACACGCUGCUGCCGUAACAAGGAACUAUAUUUCACAGCCAAGAUUAACGUACAGAACAGUUUCAGGGGUAAAUGGUCCUUUGGUGAUAUUGGAUGAUGUAAAGUUUCCAAAGUAUGCAGAGAUUGUCACUUUAACUUUACAAGAUGGGUCACAAAGAAGUGGUCAGGUACUGGAAGUCAGUGGAUCCAAGGCUGUGGUACAGGUAUUUGAAGGAACUUCUGGUAUUGAUGCCAAGCAUACUACAUGUGAAUUUACUGGAGAUAUUUUAAGAACCCCUGUGUCAUCAGAUAUGUUGGGACGUGUCUUCAAUGGAUCAGGAAAGGCAAUUGAUAAAGGCCCUGCAGUUAUGGCAGAAGAUUUUUUGGACAUUCAAGGACAACCAAUCAAUCCGUGGUCCAGAAUUUACCCGGAAGAAAUGAUUCAGACUGGGAUCUCUGCUAUUGAUACAAUGAACAGCAUUGCUCGUGGUCAAAAGAUCCCUAUAUUUUCUGCAGCAGGUCUGCCUCACAAUGAUAUUGCAGCUCAGAUAUGUCGGCAAGCUGGUUUGGUGAAAUUUAAAAAAGGAGUGAUGGAUGACCACAGUGAUAACUUUGCUAUUGUUUUUGCUGCUAUGGGUGUCAACAUGGAAACUGCGCGUUUCUUCAAGCAGGACUUUGAAGAAAAUGGUUCCAUGGAGAAUGUGUGUUUGUUUCUCAAUCUUGCCAAUGAUCCAACUAUCGAGCGCAUUAUCACACCUCGCCUAGCACUGACAACAGCAGAGUUCCUGGCCUAUCAAUGUGAAAACCAUGUCCUGGUUAUUCUUACAGACAUGAGUUCUUAUGCCGAGGCUUUGCGAGAGGUGUCUGCUGCCCGUGAAGAGGUUCCUGGCCGUCGUGGUUUUCCAGGAUACAUGUACACUGAUUUGGCCACAAUUUAUGAGCGUGCAGGACGUGUGGAAGGAAGAAAUGGUUCCAUCACACAGAUCCCCAUUUUAACUAUGCCUAAUGAUGAUAUCACCCAUCCCAUCCCAGAUUUGACAGGUUACAUUACUGAAGGGCAGAUCUAUGUUGAUCGCCAGCUUCACAACCGACAGGUGUACCCUCCAAUCAACGUGUUGCCUUCAUUGUCGCGGUUGAUGAAGUCUGCCAUUGGUGAAGGCAUGACGAGAAAAGACCAUGCGGAUGUUUCUAACCAGCUGUAUGCUAACUAUGCUAUCGGCAAGGACGUUCAAGCCAUGAAGGCUGUUGUGGGUGAAGAAGCCCUUACAUCUGAGGACUUGCUGUAUUUAGAAUUCCUGUCCAAGUUUGAAAAGAAUUUCAUAACACAAGGAACAUACGAAAAUAGGUCAGUAUUUGAUUCUCUGGACAUUGGCUGGUCCCUGCUGCGUAUCUUUCCCAAAGAAAUGUUGAAGCGAAUUCCGCAGUCCAUCCUGGCCGAAUACUACCCCAGAGACGGCAGGGGAGGAUCUGAUUAAGUUCAAUUACACAAAACAGAAAUUAUUAUGCCAAUUAGUACUGACAGUACUUGUUUGAAAAUGAUGUAAUGAGGUAACGUUGUGAUUCAUUUGCAGAAGUUGCUGCCUUAUUGGUGCAUAAAUUGGGUCAAAUUCAAAAUGAAAACGACUUGCAUUAGGUAAAAGGUCGACAAAAACAGUUUUCCCUCUCGAAAUUGACCUGAUAAUUAAGAAAUUGAUAAUUGAAAGAAGCUUUGCGGAAAGUGUCAAUAUACUCUGGCAUAAAAUCGUCGGUAUCUCUUCUGUAUCGUAAGUUGAAUCUUUAGGUAGGCAUCUAAAUGUUGCUGUGAGCAGUUAUUAGAAUUACUUUUCUUGUAUGUAAUUAAAGGAUUUGAUAUCAGUUAAAGUUGUGAUGUGACUGAUUAUCUGUGUAAUAUACUUCCUCUUAUUAUCGCAAUAAACUUGAACGGUCAUCAAG